AUGUCCAAGCCCCGCAACAGCGUCCUCUUUCUUUUCGACCCCCUCCACCAGUCAUCGGACGAGGACCCCUGCACGCCCACUCGCGACUCGUCCCCCGACCUCGGGCCCUCAGACAAGGAGAACGACCCAGGCGAGCUCACCGUCUUCUUCAACCGGCUCUACACCGCUCCCAAGGCCGCUACCGCGCCCCGCACGCCCAAAGGCAAGUUGAUCGACUUGGGGGACACUCCCGCGCCCGCCCCACGCCUGCAAACGGACGCCUCCGAGGACGACGGAAGUGACGCGGAUGGGGAACAGUCCGAGAGCGACCUGGACGUCGAAAAUGGCUGCGCCGGUCUGUUCUCGUUCGCCUCGACCACGCGUCCCCACCUCCACUCUCAGCGUCCGUCGUCGUCGCCUAGGAUGCCCUUCGCCGAGCUCGACGUCGAACGCACCCCGCGCGCGCAGCAACCUCAGACAUCGGCUACCACCCUCACGUUUGGGGAGCCGCAGCCCCUCGCGGCGCUGCUUGCCCCUGCGCCCAUGGCAUCGCCGCUCGCAGACGUCGUCAACUCCAUCAACUUCGAGCACGGUAGCGACAGCGACGCGGACGACAACGCCACCCCGGUGUCCCCGACCGCGCAACGGCGCCCACCUCGCUCACUCCUCCCCGUGGAGACCACCUCCGUCACGAAGGCCCCGCUUCCGCUCCGUUCGCCUACCUCCCCGUCGCCGUCCCGUUCGCCGUUCCCUGCCAUCAACGUCUGCCCUGAAACACCCGUCCUGGGCGGCUUCGGCUUCGAUGAUGAUGAAGAUGAGGAGGAGACGAUGGAGGCACGGGCGGCGCACCUCCGCCCGGCAGGGACACGCACACACGUCUCGCCCGACGACCCACGGCGGACGUCGGUCGACCUCUACUCGUCCUUCCACCUCCAGCUGCAGUCAGAGGACAUGUCUUUCGACCUGCUCAACGACAGGAUAUCCUUCUUCGCCGGGUCAAACGGCCAGGACUCCUUCUGGGCCGGGACCGACGCCACAUUCGACACUUCCGACGCCGACGCCGACGCCAGCAAGGACCAUGAGUUUGACGAGAUCAGCGUGCCCCGGGCGAUGUUCGCGAAAUUGGAGAAGCUCGUGCCCGUGCAGAACGCGCGCCCCGUCUUCCAUUCGACCCCACCUGCACCGAUCCGGGUCGUGGACUUCAGGGGCACGCCGGAGCAGGUCACGUCUCCCACCACAACCUGGGCGGCGAAUGUGCCGUUGCCUAUGUCGCCCACCGUGGCGAGCCCGCCGUCCAAGAAUGCCACUCCGUCCCGCGCUCAGCAACUCACUGCGGAGCCACCUUCCCCGCCGACCACGCCGAUAGCUGACGACGAGGAGUCGCUCAUGCUCGAGUGCGAGCUGCUGCCACCGCCAGUCCCGACCGCGCCCAUUCCCGCCCUCCGCAUCGUUAAGAAGGCGUUCCGGCUGACACGGGACAAGAGCACCUCCGUCUCCACUGCGGCCUCUACCGGCAAGGCAGAGAAGAAGAGGCAACCGCUUGCCCCCACCCCCGUCGCCGCGCCGCAGUCGGUACGCGCCGCCAUCCGCGGCGUGCAGCGGCCCCCUGCGAGCAUCCAAGGCAGCGUCGUGAUCGGCCUCCCUCCGUCCACUGGGGGCUCAAGUUCCACGUCGUCGUCGAGCUCUGGCGCGAGCUCCGGUGCCGGUGCCCGCACUGCGAGCAUCGGUCGGUUUGCGGGGAUCCAGCGUCCGACCCUGGCCGCGAAAGGGCGUACGGUCUCCACCACCGCCCGCCCUGCCACGCUUGGCGCAAAGACGGAGACCGGGAUCCGCCGUCCUGCCUCCGUCGUGCCCAAGACGUCCGCAGCUAUAGCGACGUCCCGUAGUACAGCGCCCGCCUCGUCUGGGCUGCCGAAGCCUGCGUCGAAGCUGCCCGGUCCGCGCAUGAACAGGGCCGCGAGCUUGAGUGGGGGUGCGGCGGCGGCUGGCACUGGAGCUGCUGUUGCCCGCCCCAAGGCUUUCACGCUCUCCCGCGCGACCGGCCGUUUCUGA